AUGGCUGGUGCUAAUCUCAGUUACGUCACUGAAUUCAUUCUCAAAGGGAUCACAGAUCGUCCAGAGCUCCAGGCCCCAUGUUUUGUGAUAUUUUUGGUCAUCUACCUGGUCACGGUUGUGGGAAAUAUUGGCUUGAUUAUCUUAAUCAGGAUUGACACUCGACUCCACACACCCAUGUACUAUUUCCUCAGCCACCUGGCCUUUGUCGACUUCUGUUACUCCUCUGCCAUCACCCCGAAGAUGAUGAUGAACUUCGUCGUGCAGGUCAACACUAUCCCUUUCUACGCAUGUGCAACACAGCUGGGCUGCUUCCUCACCUUCAUGAUCACCGAGUGCUUCCUUUUGGCUUCCAUGGCUUACGAUCGCUAUGUGGCCAUCUGCAGUCCCCUGCACUAUUCAGUCCUGAUGUCCAAAAGAGUCUGCACUCAACUCGUGGCUGUGCCCUAUAUUUACAGCUUUCUGGUUGCCCUCUUCCACACCAUUGUCACCUUCCGUCUAACUUACUGUGGCCCCAACAUAAUCAACCAUUUCUAUUGCGAUGACCUGCCCCUCUUAGCUCUGUCAUGUUCCGACACACACGUGAAGGAAAUUCUGAUCUUUGCUUUUGCUGGCUUUGAUAUGAUCUGCUCGUCCUCCAUUGUUCUCAUCUCCUACCUCUUCAUUAUUGCGGCCAUCCUGAGGAUCCGCUCCACCCAGGGAAGACUCAAGGUCUUCUCCACGUGUGGCUCUCAUAUGGUGGCUGUCACGAUUUUCUACGGCACACUGAUCUUCAUGUACCUACAGCCCAAAUCAAACCACUCCCUGGACACCGACAAAAUGGCCUCGGUAUUUUACACUGUGGUGAUCCCUAUGUUGAAUCCUCUCAUCUACAGUCUAAGGAACAAAGAAGUAAAAGAAGCCUCAAAGAAAGCCUGGCAUAAAGGAUGUGAAACUGUAAAGUUAUUGCAAUUACGAAGAUGA